AUUGAAGGCCGAAGUGGAGGCAAUAUUUGGCGCCGUUUUCAUCUUCAUAUCAAUUUCCUUAACCUCUUGCUAUUUAUUUACUAAACAGUCAAAAACUUAAAUAUGACUGAUCUAGAGAAAUAUAUAGUUGAUCCUCUAUCAUAUAUUAGUAAUUUAGCAGCAGAAAGAAAGAAUGUUUCACAAAUAUGUGACAUUUUUCGGGAAAAGAUUCAAAAAGGACUGUCCGAAAUGAUACCCAGUUUAAACGAAACGAGUCAGGAUUCACUGAAGGCUAAUAGCUUAAUUAAAUAUCGGGGAAUGGUUCAAGAUAUGUUUGGGGAAGAGCUAUUUCCUGAAUACUUCAAUGUAGUAGAUUCUUCUAACACAAUGAAGAUGAAAACUGGACUUCUUCAAGAUAUUUAUCAAUUUAAAGAUGGCGAAAGGGCCGAUUUCGAUACUGCUCAGAUGGCUGAAAGACAGUGUUAUUACUUUGUACCAAUACCGACAGAGAAUUCUUGGAUCAAAGACUAUUAUAAAAGUAAAAGAUUGCUGGAACAACCUUCUUCUUCCAAUUACGAUAAUCGUAAUAAACGAAAUCUGGAAAGUGAUGAUGAAGAUUCGAAUGGCUUUGAACAACUAAGUCAACUCAGUGGAGACGAAAAUCAAUUCAUGGAUAUUGGAGAAGUAACUGAAAGUUCGAAAAAAAUGAAAACUCCAAAAGAAGAAGAUAAGAAGAGCCAAAUCCCUUUCAACUUAAAUUUUCCAAUUGAUACGGAGAAAGAAACUCCAUGUAUAGGAGUGGCUUAUGAAAAUUAUGAUGACAUAAAAUUAAAUACAGUAUAUGAAAUUUAUGGAAUAUUAUCUAAUCAUCCCGCAUUGGCAGCAAACACAUUAAAUGAAAAUGGAUCAGCAAGCGGUUUUGAAACGGAUGAAAUGUAUGCUAAAUCACCACCGCCAUCUCUUGUACCAAGGAUUCACAUAGUCCUUAUUCGAAAAUUAGAAAACAUUGAUCCUUCUUAUCAAUUAAUUUUAAAAGAAUCGAGACUGAACGAUAUUUCUUUAAAGUUACGAGACUACCUUCAACAGGUUCUCCUAGGUGAUAGAAUAGCAGCAGAUUAUCUAUUCUGCUACUUGAUGUCAAGAGUAUAUGCCCGUAAAGAUUCCAGGGCGAUUGGAAAAUUCAGCCUCAAUCUCACUAAUUUGAAUAUUCAAAGUCAACACACUAAAUAUAUUUAUACCGCUCUAGAGAGAAUUCUUCCUCUGUCCCUAUAUUGCCCUUUAUCUUUGGAGAACAUGAAUAAGAGGAGGAUGACUCCAUACAAAGACUAUAAAUCAAAUAGAUUAAUGUCAGGAAGCUUACAGCUACCUGAUGGAACUCGACUAAUUUUGGAUGAAACUGCCCUGCAACCUGGUCAAUUAGACACUAUUGGAGUACAAAAUACUAGAUCUCUAAAUGAUGUUGUUUGUUGGCAAAAAUUAGAAUAUGACUUUACUUAUCACAAGCAAGAAUUUUUUACUGACUUUCCUGUUCUUGUUUUCUCAGAGGGAAAGUCUGUUUUCCAGUGCGACUGCAGACUACCUUUAAAGACAAUCAUAAAUCCAGAUAAUUUAGAAAGUUAUUAUUUACAAAUGAUGGCAACCCAGGAAUCCAACUUUCAAGACUUUCGUAACUUUAUAUCAAUGAUGAGUUUCAGAGAUUACACAUUUCCUGAUGACUUGAAACAGGAAGUUGAACAAUACUUUGUUGACAUGAGAAAACAAGACAACAAAAUGACAGCCGAUGCUUUCUUAAACCUCUUGUUGUUUGCAAGACUUCUUACUCUGAGUAGAAGUGAAACGACACUCACAGCUGAUAUCUGGAGUUGUGCUAAAGCUCUAGAGCAAGAACGCCAAAGGAGAAUAGAGGCUUGA